AUGAAGAUAUUUUAGGUUAAUCCAUCUCUGUAUAUUCUAUUUUUCCUUCAAAUUCUGUUCUCAACAUUUUUAAUCGACAUACCUAUACUAUGCUUUAAGUUUUAGGCAUACUAAAGCUCAGAGUUUAAAAUCUUAGGAAAAUGCAAUUAAUAUUAAUUUUGUCACUCAAGUAUUUGUAAUGCUAAGUAUAUUUCAUACCAGCUAGGUUCUCGCUGUGUUAAAUUUCCAAAAGAUGUGAAUACAACCCAAUCCAUAUAGGCAAGUAAUUUUAUAGCCAAAAUUAUUAGAUCCAGGGAAUUUGGGGAUUUUGCAUUUUCCUGAUCAUCUAUUGAGUCACAAUUUUAUCUAAGGUUGUAUCCAAUUUAGUUAAACUAAUAAAAAAUACGGUCGUAUAAAUGAUUAAAAAUUUCUUUCUUUCCACUAACAAAAAAGAAAAUUCUCAAAAAAUUUUUUUGAAAAGAAAUAAGUAAUUCUUCUUAAAUACAAUAUCCUUAAUCUUUUAAAGGUAAGACAAAUAAUUUUUUGUUUAGUCUUCUCCAUUUGCUUGA